AUGACAAUGAAGAAUAAUAAGAAAAAGGAUAAAUCUUUUAAAAACUUACAAUCAUUAAAAGAUAAUUCAACCAAUUCUUUUGGUUCUGUAGAUGAGUUAAAAAAAUUAUAUAGUGAUUGCCGUGUUACAUAUAGUCAAUUUAUGGCUAAUGGUAAACCUGUUAAAACAAAAGAAGAUAGAUAUCGUGAUGAACCAAUAUGUUCUGUUAAAAUUACUUUAAGAAAUUAUACUGAUAAUAAAAAAGUUAUGAAAGAAAUUUUGGAAAGAUCAGAUUAUGUUUUAAGAUCAUAUUUUAAAAAAAAUUAUCUCUCAAUAAACGAUGAUUCAUUAUUUGAUAGCACUACAAAUAAUUUUACAUAUCAGUUUCCUCCUACAACACCAUUAUCAACAUCAACCUCACAAACAUCAUCAUCUAGAAGAAUGAUAACAACUUCAAAUCCAACAACAUUAAAAUCUUCUGAUUCUUCUGUAUAUUAUAAUGAUGGUAAUAGAGAUGCAAUGAUUGGAAUAAAAAAUAUUCAAAAAUCUAAAUAUUCAAAUUUGUUUAUUGGUACACUUACUGCUGAGGAGGCUGAAACUCAAACAAAAGAUCAAAACACUUUUCGUAUCUAUUGUAGAAUUUUGGAUGAAAAAUGUAAUACAACAAAUAAAAGUGGAUGGCUUCAAAUAUACAUUGUUUAUAAAAAUUUAACUAAUAAUUAUAUUCAUAUUCCAGUAAUCAAUAUAAUUAAUGCUUCCAAAACUGAAGGUUUAACUUUCUUUAACUUUAAUAAUUCUGAAAAAGUAUUUAAAAGUUAUAAUGAUUUGAUUGAUUUUUUAAAAGAAAUUAUAAAUGAUAGACCAAGUAUAUUAGUAGCUAAAUAUGGAAAAUCACAAGAUAAAGGAUGUGUACCAAAAAUGAAUAGAAAUGGAAGUUCUUUAAAAACUAAUGAACCAAUAUUUUAUAAUUAUUAUGUUGGUGUAAAAUAUCAAGAUGAAGCUGAGGGUUACCUUCGUGGACCAUUGGAUUUCAAAAUGUAUCAUCGUUUAUUAGAUAAAAAAAAUUGUCUUAAUUGUUCUAAUCCAAAUCCACAAUUAUAUAUUAUUUAUCAAUGUCAUUCAGGGCAAGUUCUUCAUAUACCAAUAGUUUGUCGUAAAAAGGAUUACAAUGAUAUAGAAUAUGCUAUCUAUCAAUUUGAUGGAAUUUCACCAGUAUUUGAUAAUCUUAACUGUAUAACCUCAUACCUUUUUAAAUCAGUAGUUGAUUUUAAAAGACGUAGUAGAAGAAGAAUCAAUAAUGAUAAUGAUAAUAGAAAAUAA